AUGGGCGAAAUUUCUUGGACGUCUGAAUUUUUGGACCUCUCUUCUUUUCGUCCUGCUUACUCCAGCCCUAUGACAAUAGCAAAUGUGGGUUUCUAUUACGUUUUAGGGUUUAGCAGGAAAUUCGCCUUUCGAAAAGCAAGAGACUAUCAUUUGUACGUGCUUAACUGCAUAUCCUUAACGAGAUGGAAGCUUCUAUGGACAUCAAUGCCUUGUCUCAACUUCUCAAGUUGGCAGUUUGGUACUUUAUGUAAUUUUGCCAAAUUCGUAACUCAUAUUCUGUCUCACCACAAUCAUCCAGCACUAGUUUCUUCGAUAAACCUAAAUUUCCUUGGAGGAGCAGCUAAUCAUCUUUUGUUGAAAAAGAUUGCAAAAUAUGCAUUCUCUCACAAUGUUCAACAACUAAAUGUUGUUACUUGGCCCGUAAGCAACCUUGUAAAUUACCCUCCUUGCCUACUUAGCUCUCAAUCGCUUAAACAUUUCACAUUUAGUUGCCAUGUUACGCCAACUCGCAUUAUACUCGAAACACCUUUGGAUUUUCCAGCUUUAACAACUUUGCAUCUCAGUGGCAUCGAGUUGUGUGGUGAUCUUUUCUCCAAGUGUGUAUCCUUAAAGGACCUCACUGUAGAACAAUUCGUUGUUGAGGAUGAUCUGGAGGUAUUUGACAUCAUUGCCCCUCGACUUUGUAAUCUCAGGCUUAUCUAUGGCAGUGGUUUCAAACUCAUCAAUGUGAUUGCGCCUCAACUUGAGAAUCUCACAAUAACUGAUUGCUCAAUUAAUUACUUAAAAGCUCCACCAGGACUUUCAUCAUUGUGCUACACGGGUUAUCCUCUUAUGCGGUUGUGUAAAGUUGGGUUUCACUCUCUGAACAAAGCCACUAUCGGUUUGUUUAAUUAUCAUUCAAUCAUCAGGUAUAAAGUGGGAGAUGCACGCAAGAUUAUUAACAUGCUUCUAAAGCUCCAUAGUGUCAGAUAUCUAACACUUAACGCAGACAUUAUUGAGUGUCUUUCCUCAUUUCCGGAUUUAUUAUCGCACUAUCUAUCACCUUUUAGCAACUUAAUCUGCUUGACUAUAGACUACAAGGAUGCAUACAAAGUAAAAAUGUAUACUGAAGUUAUAAACUUCUUGUUAGAGAACUCUCCAAGCGCCACCUUCAUCAUGAAAUUACCCAAGGGCUGCUAAUGAUUAUGCUAAAACAUGAAGAUGAUGAGUCCCGCAAAUUCUCAUGAAUUAUUAUCUUUGGAAUUGGAUUUUGUUGCAUCUGUUCUUGAAUCUUACUUUUUGAGUUAUUUUUCUUAAUUGAAACUUUUGAUUACACUAUGUGCCUUAGCAAGUGGUUUCUUCAACAUUGUUGAAGAUUACAACCUGGACGAUAAGAAACCAGUUAAUAUAUAGACCUUUCACCCGU